AACCAGACAAAUGUAAUUGGUUCUUGUGUAUUAGGUAAAUAMGUAAUAAAACGUGUUAUUUAUUUACAAAAUGCACGAAAAAUACUUCCAACAAGAGUCUCUUCGAGCAAUGAAAGAGCCAAACCUCGCAGGAAGCCUCUGGKUUUUGCCUUUCUUCACAGCUGGAAACAUCUGUUAAAGCACCUUCCAACAUGGACGACUCGGACCAGGACUUUGUGGAUUUAACCCGCUGCCCGAAACUGCUGAAGCGUAACCGUAAGAGAGCAGCUGAAGCAGGCAGAAAGACAAAGGAAGCAGAACGACGUCAGGCUCUGAGUCAGGCAGUCCGAGGAGACGGCAGCAACAAACUGGGAGGUGAUUCCGGGUGCCAGUUUGCAGCCACACAGCCUGCUGGUGCUGAAGCUGAGCGAGCUGUGCUCUGCACAGGAACURCAUCUGAUUCAGGAGAGACUUGUUUCAUCUCAGAGCAGAAAGCACAAACUGACAGAGACUGGAGAGCAAAAGACAAAGUACUUCUUAAGAUGCAACAUUUUAAAAGAGCCAGUCCUCAGAAGAUGGUGCACAACAUGACCGAUGAGCCAACACAGCAGGACAUGUGUACUCUGACUUAUCAGCACCAAACACAAGAAAACGAUGAAGCUCUGGCUCUUCAACUGCAGCAGCAGCUGGACAGAGAAGCAGCAGAAGCUCAGACAGCAGAUUCGGAGGAUGGAGGCCUUUUCUUCUGUCAGCUCUGUCACAGAGACUUAUCACACAUGACACCCGAAGGACACGCACAACACCUCAACAGGUGCUUAGAUGAGAGUGAAAAGAGUGGCCCAGCCCCCCCUCCAGUCUCCGCUGUCCCCGACUGUCCCAUCUGUGGCAGGAAGUUCAAGUCUCAGAGGAGCCGGCUGUCCCAUCUGAAGCACUGCUCCGCAGACAUGGGCGUCUCUCCGGCAGUGCUGAUGCAGGUUUUGCAGAGACAGGCUCAGGAGCGUCAGAGUUCUAACACACUCUUACAGUCUGGAGUUAAAAAAAGAAAAGGUCUACCGAAGUCAAGCAUUCCAGCCAGGAAGAAACCCAGAAACAAGACUGAGCCUCUGGAUGAAGAGACCAUGGUGGCCCUGGCUCUGUCCCGUUCCAUGCUGGACCAGGAGAAGGAAAAGCAGGCAGAGUGUGUGUCUUCUCACAGCUCCAUGAAUCCUGUGAAGUGGUGGUCUGACACAGCUAAGGGACGAGGAAAAAAGAAAAAGGGUGCUGUCCCCCCUCCUCUCCUGCUCAUUCAGGAUGCUAAGAUAACUCUGGUAAGGCUGCAGGAUCGAGUUUCUGCUCUUCUCCUUCGCAGCCAAGCCCCCUCUCCCCCCACCCCCACACGAUGCCCCAGCUCUCUGCCCAACUGGACAGGUGCUGCCCUCCUCUGGCAGAAAAGUGCACUGUUGGACGGAGACUCCACCUGUCAGUCUGAUUUCUAUGCUGCAGAGCUCAAACAGUUCUUCACAUCCUUGGAAACAGUUCAGACUGAUGCAGCUCCAUCCACAACCAGCGACAAACCUGAACUUUUUGAUCAGCUUGUAAGUGAUGGAACUCCAGUUUCAGGACCGGGGGCCAACGUCCCACCAUCCUGCUCCCAGACGGCCUCCUUCUCCUCUGCUUCCUCCACUCUUGGAGCUUCGCAUCUCUCAGUUGGCAGCCAAGCCCUCAGAGACCUGAUGGAGCUGGCUGAAGACGGCAUGACCCUGACACAGUAUGGAUACACUUCUAAAGAAACUGUUUUAAGUGACAUCAUCCAGGAGGUGUCGGAGGAUCAAGCUAAACUUUGUGUCAGUGGUUUCCUGCCAGAGACGCACAAACCCUCAGAUGAGCCCCCCAGAUGGAGGGAUAGGUUGACAAAUCAGGCGGAAGCAGACCCAGAAAGAAACAGCCAAGGAUCAGCUGCGCUGUCCAGUCUCUUGUCAGACUUGAGCAGCAUGGUGAACAACCCUCAGCUCAGUGAUGUGCAGCUUCAGGUGGACAGYGGAGAGGUCUACUUUGCUCAUUCCUUCAUGGUGUAUGCUCGCUGCCCCCUGCUGGCAGAAAUGGUGCAUGAAAGUGGGAUUGGUGUGAAGGAGGAGGACAUGCCCGGAGCUCAGAGGGUGUUACUGAGCGACGUGCCGGGCCAGGCAGUGUUCGCUUUGCUGCAGUUUCUCUACACCGCCCACUGCUCCAUCCCAACAUCUCUGCAGCCUCACAUGCUAGAGCUGGCGUCCAGGUUUGACUUGCAGGAAUUGGAGCAGCUUUGYCAUCUCCAGCAAGAGACGGCAAAAGAUGUGGGAAGCAAGGACCUUGACGUGAACCAGGAGGAAAACGACUACAACCAAACAGACCAGACAUUCAUGGAGCUGCUUCAGUCGAUGUGGAAUGGAGAGGAUGACGAUGCAACAGACUCAGACGGAGGUGAAGUAGGCGGCAGACAGAUGGAGGAGGACCAAAGACCUGAUGAGGCCACCUCAGGUGACAGAGAUCUUUGUGAGGAACAAGUGAAUGAAGAAGAGCUGGAGGAAAUCUAUGAGUUUGCUGCCACUCAGAAGAAGAAAAAGGAGCAAGACAGUGAGGAGGAAGAGGAGGAUGAGAGGAUGGAUGUGGAACAAAGUGGAGGCGCAGAGUUUACCACACUGACUGAACCUAAAGAAGGUGACAAACCAGAUCCUGACUUGGACCGCAACUACAGAUGUCUGUUUUCAGAGUCAUGGGAAGGAGAUAAUUCCUCCUUAACCUCAAAACAUGGCACGCCUAAAACACGCCCUCCUCAGUCCAAACACCAGUCUCCCCAGAAACCAUCAUCCAAACCAUCUAACAGGACUUUACUUCAAUCUUCAGAAAGUUUAUUAGACGACCUUUCAGUCCGCCCUCCACACGUUCCGUCCAACCUGCCUGUCCCAGGACUGUCUCCUGGUCAAGGAAGGGAUCAGGAGGGUGGUAAAGCUAAAAGGAAAUAUUCUGUUAAAUCCAGAGUUCCUGCAAAGCAACAAGUUCCUCAGAAUAUUUCCAUCUCUCCUCCUGAUUUGUCAAAGCAACAGGAGCCUGAGCUCAUAGUUCUGUCUGACUCAAGUGAGGAGAUGGAGAUUAAUGCUGCUGUUCUCAAAYCCUGCAGGCUUUUGGUUAAUUCUUCCUCCACCCAGAACCUGCAGAUCUACACGGAGAUCAAAUCCAGGCAGGACCCAACACCCAGCCAGAAUAAAGAGCCCRGUAAUUUGGAGUCAGAUCCCAACGAUCCCCUGGACUGUUCUCCUGAGGUUUCCUGGCUGAUCCCCUCCACUCCUCUUCAGUCUGACAGAAACACGAGGUCCAGCUCCGCUCAGACCAAAAGCAGCAUGUGCAGAACACAACUUUUCCCUAAAGCUGAACCUUCACCACCCUCAUCUUCGCUUUUCUCCUCUCCAGCUUUAACUUGUAAUAAYGAGCUGCACACCUUCAGCAAACCAUCUAACGUUUCGGCAUGUGCAACCAGGAAAGCAAACACAUCACCUGUCAGUAGCUCAGGUCUAAAAGCAUCUCACAAGAACAGUUGUGAUGUGAAGAAUAGAAACGUUUUUGYAGUUAAUUCAUCACCGCUGCCAAGCCUGACAGCUUUCUCCAAGCAAGAUGCUCCUCCUCAGCUGCAGCACCAACCGUACAGCAGCACUCCUUCACAUCUCCACCAGCAGCCCCCCGUCCUUCAUCCUGCCUCCCCCCUCCACACUGACACCCACAAACAGGAUUCAAGUCAACAAAGAGAGAGMGCGCCUUCAGAUAACAUGGAGCAGACAGAAUUAGGGAGCCUUCAUCUUUCCCCUUCAGAUCCACCCUCUUCUUCCUCUCACAAUGGGGGUCUGCAGUCCAAGAGGCAGAGGAAGUCUUCUAGCCGGAGUUAUCGUUCUGUUGAGUCCAGCAGUGAGGAGAGCACACAGGAUGAUCUCAAGAUCAAGGACUGCCUUAAUGAAGAGGCAAKCAGUUUUCAGCAGAGCUUCAUGGACGAGCCUCCCAUAGCUUUCAAUGACUCGUGGGUUCUCGAUGCCUACACAGAGACCAAUGCAGAGACCAGUCCAGGCUGCUUCAGUCUGAGGCUUGAAGACRGUGGAGGAUCAAACCUGCAGAAGAGCCGCUCGGGGCAACAAGAAACAACCAGGUCCUCCUCGUCCAUCUCCAGCCCAACGUCUACUGACAGGGUUCAGACCAACCGAGGAGGUUCAACUGCCUCUCCUCCACCUCAGUGCCACAUCUCACAACUAUCCAAAAACCUGCACCUCUCACCACCGGAACCCAACACACGGACCACCACAGAGGGUGACACUGGAGUCCUGGACUCCAAAAUAUGGGAUACCUGGGUAGAAGAUGAAGAAGACGGGAGCCUUCCUCUCGCUCAGAGGGUAUCUGCUCAGCUCAAAACCCCAG